AUGUGUUGCAACUACUACGGCAACUCCUGCGGCUCUGGCUGUGGGUACAGUGGCUACGGCUCUGGCUGUGGCUGUGGAUAUGGUGGCUAUGGUGGCUAUGGUGGCUAUGGUGGAUAUGGCUGUGGCUGCGGAUACGGCUGUGGCUGUGGAUACGGUGGUUACAGUGGCUACGGCUGUGGUUGUGGCUAUGGCUGUGGAUACGGCUGUGGUUGUGGCUGUGGAUAUGGCGGCUAUGGUGGCUAUGGCUCUGGCUAUGGCUCUGGCUGUUGUGGCUCCCGGGUAUUUUGCUACAGAAGAUGUUAUUCUCCUUGCUGCUAA